CUGUCACCGAUAACGCUGUCACGCUGUUGUUCUGCUGCUUUCGUGAAAGAAGGUGGUGUGCGCGGCGUAUUUCGCAAAAAUACUUAAAAGACCAACGAAUAUUUCAUAAACGCGAACACCCAAAUAAUGAUAAAGCGACAUUAGCAAAGUGAAUUUAAUUAAAGUGAUUACGAGUGCAUAUAGUGGCACAUGAUUAAGAUGUAAAAAAGAGUUUAAAAUAUGAAAUAGAAAAGCGAUUUUUCGUAUCAAUUUAUCAAAAGAUAGUUUGCGAAAAUGCCAAGUGCAAUAAAAUAGUGGAAGAUGAUGAAAAAUAAUAUGGUCGGCGAAUCGUGGAAAGUGCAGUGCUAUAGAAAAUAUGCAUACGCAAGUAGAUAAAUACCACUACAUACGUACAUAAAUACUGUGACAAAAGUGACGAAAAAAGUGCUUAAGAAACUAAUAUACGCAAGUUUUUGCGAAAAAGUGGAUGAAUCAAGUAAAGUAGACGACAAACCAAAACUUGGCAAGAUUCUAUACGACUGGCAGACGUAUAGACUGACGGAAAUAAAAACAACUGCGACAAUAAGUAAAUAAAAGCAGAAAACAAAAACAAUUACAACAAAAGUUUUUGGAACUUAACCCUGUUAGCAGGCGUCGCAAGUCAAGGGGAGGUGAGGAUUUCAGAUAGCGACUGGGCCGUCUCAGUUGUAAGUAGUUGUCGUGCCGUCGCUGCCUUGCCCCUUUGGCGCCGCACCCUUCAUAUCUGAGCUGAAUGCGGUGUCGAUACUAGGGAGUCGCGACGACACACAGACGAGACAAAAGUCUGCCUCUGCGUCUCCAAUACACUUUUUAGUGUAUUUUCUAAUCAGCAAAUAUAAAAAAGGCAACUACUAUACCAACAACUAUACAAAGCAAAAACUGAAGCGGAAGAAGAAGAACCGAAGCGAAUGAAAAUCGAACUGGGAGAGCAAAACACGCGCCAGUCAGCACUACGGCAACGGCCAACGCUACUUGUCACAACCACACCAACGUCUAAAUUACGUGGUGGUCUCACAGCAUCGCAGUCGCAGUCGCAGUAUUUGCAGCUGCGCUCUUUGGGGCCACUCGACGUCGUGCCCAUGUUGGCGCGCUCUCUCGUUUUAACGUUUCUGUAUUAGUAGUAGUGUAUUAAUACCAACAGAUGACGGCUUACUAUCUAAAACAAUAACAACAACUUACAGUGCAGCUCAUGUCGGGUGCGAGAACCAUUUUUUCUCGGCACGAAGCGAUAUAGUAAUCGGAAGAAGAAGAACCGCAGCAGAAUCCAGUUGGAUUUUUGACAUUUCGGCCUCAGAGCGCCGCAUUUUGGUCAUCAGUCGAACGGUCAGUCGCGAGGUCGUCAGUUUGGCGCGCUGUUCUACAUGCGCAUAUUAUCUUGAAAUACACGGAUUCAUAUAAGUACAUACAUAUGUACAUUCAAAUAUAUAUACGCAUAGAUACAAUUUACGCAUACAUCCAUACUCACACAUUUGGAGAUGCGCCUGCAAGCCCCACGGAAGUAUCGGCCAAGCGAACAGUGAAUUUAGCAGUGAUGUGAAUUUGCAGUGUUUGCGAAAAUGCAAUGCAAUGAUUUAUUUUCUUAAAAAGUUUGUCGAAAAUUGUACGCAUUUGAGAGUUUUGAUUAGUGGAAGAGAAGAAUCAUCAAUAAAAAGUGAUCAAUAUUUAUAUACAUAUGUAUUCGGUGCUGCUUUUGAAAUUCCGUCGCUGCCAAAACCGGGCUGUGCGCGAAGUGCGCAAAGCAAAUAAAACGAAACGAGUAAAACGAAUGGCCAGCAGGCGGAAGAGCGGAAAUGGAGAGAUCUUGGCGUUGUAUGUGUCACGCGAGUACAAAAAUGCCGUCGGAAUUGUGCGCGAAAAUAAUUGAAGCUGCGACCAAAUAGAAGUGCAAAUUAAAAUUUUCAAAUUGAAAAAUCUAACAUAAGAGCACUCUAAGAGCACUCUAAGCGCUCGAAAAUAUUAAAAUAAAACGAAUAAAAAAAUCAAAUAUUGUGUGUGAAUGGAAUGGAUAACGUGCCAAAUUGUGAAGAAAAUAAUAGAUCAACACAAAUUAUACAAGUGUGAAAAGUGUAAAUGUGUAAGAAAAUAUAAGGUGCAAUUAAACUAGCUUCCGCUAAAAGCAUUCUAUUAAAGCAUUAUACAUAUGUAAGUUAUUGCGGUGUUAUUACUUGGUUCCGCUGGUGUUGCAUCUUACUUCGAAUGAAGCUGAAACCAGGGCGCGUUCGCAUAUGCAACAUUCAAUUCCAUUUGAUCUCACCUGCCUCGCCGCUGCUUCAACUGUAUUCGCCAUUGAUUUUUACUAAUUUUGGUUAGCGAGCUAAGGACUGCCGCCCUACCCACUCCACCACCUUCGGUAGAAGGCAGUGGCCGAUAAACGUUUAAAGAAAAAAUGACUGAAUACGUUACGCCAAAUAUACACACAGUGCUGAAGAAAUAUCAGACAAGUGCACCAAAAAGCUUGCAAGGACCUGGCCAUGCGCUGACCGCCGCCGGCUGCCCAACCGGCUCCAACUGUCCGCUUGACGCCACUUUAACUGGUGUAAGUGGCAGCGGCGGCAGCAGCACCGACCUUAACAUUGCGGGUGCUCGCAAUCUUUGCGCUGGUCACCACUCGGCCGGGAUUCUACCACCUAACGGCCUAGCAAGUAACAAACCACACUGUCCGUUAAUAGCGUCGUCAUCACCAACCUGCUCCAAGUCACCAAAUUCGGGCACAGCAUUGCCACCCGCUGUACCACUCAUUAAAAAGGAGGUGCUCAGUUCGCCCGAGCCGCAUGAGCUGGGUGACACAUUGCCACCACAAACGCUGCCGCUUCCGUUGUCGAUGUCGUCACAAACCACACAAUCCCCAACCCAAACAGUUCCACCUCAACCUCCCCUAACCACGGUCAAGAUCAUACCGCCUCCACCACCGGAAUUGUCACAACCUAUAUUUACCGCACCAGAUUCGGGUUCUGGUGUAUUAUACGAAACGCGUCUGGAGGGUAAAACAAUUGGCUGCUUCUCGCUGGGCGGGGAGAUGCGUUUGUGCCUGCCACAGUUUCUUAAUAAUGUGCUCGCCGAUUUUACACUUGAUCAAAUAAACCGCAUAUUCGAUGAGCUCGGUAUCUAUUGUUCACAGUGUACACCUGAUCAGUUGUUGGAAUUUAAAGCCGCGAAGAUUUUGCCACCUGAUGUUAAGGCAUCUGGUUUGAUAACACGCACUGAUGCGGAGCGUUUGUGUGCUGCUCUUUUAAAUCGUGUCGAUCGAAAUAGUUACAUCAAUGAUGACGAUAUCCCAAAAGGUGCCAUUUCGUUCAAAGUUUACCACCGCUGUUUUGGAAAGUGUGAUGGUAUUUGUACACCCGAUUUGUACUCAUACACUAAACCUACUUGCAUAAUGUGCUUGGAGUGUAAAGGCUGGUUCUCGCCGCAAAAAUUUGUCGGACAUGUACAUCGGGAAGUUGAAAACCGUACAUGUCAUUGGGGAUUCGAUUCACGUAAUUGGCAUGACUAUCUGCAUGUUGCGUUAGACGUCGAAAAUCGAGAAAAAUACCAGAAGAUUCUGGAUGAGCUAAAGGAGGUCGAGAUUAAGGAAGCGCUAAAGGCACAAAACGAAUUGCUCUACAUGAAACGAAAGGCUGCUAUGCAUGUGGACGAUGAAACGCUCACUUCACAGCUCGGACAUCCAAGCAUGCCAGGCAUGGGACCGCCACCUCAUCACCAGACUCUUAAUCUUAGCGAUAAGCAGCGUGCCGAAAUGCUUGACAUUCCAAUGAAGAAAGCGAAAGGCCUCGAUGAGACAUCUGCUUAUCAGCUAGAAUACCAGCGCUAUCAAUCCCUAAUGUAUGCGCACUGCGCGCAGCAACAACGCGUCGGUUCAAUGUCUGCGUUCCGACCGUGGGCGCCAAAAUCCUUCCUGCAUCCAGCUGCAACAUACAAUGCAGUAGCGGCGUUCUCCACACUACCCUAUCUAAGUCAAGAACCACCAGUGUUGCAAAACCCGGAAAGGGUAGUACGCAGCACAGAUCGCGAACGCUUCGAACGCACCUACCAACCAAAUGUAGCACUUGUGCCUCGCAAAUGCAUUUUGACUAAGGACAGAGAGAAGGAGCAGCGUGAAUACAGGGAGCGGGAAAGAGAGCGAGAAGUGGAACGAAUGCGGGAGCGGGAGCAGGAACGGAAACUUGAACGCUCCCGGGAACGUGAGCAGACUCGGGAACGGGAGCAACGGGAACUAGAAAGGGAUCGAAGAGACCGGGAAAUGCAACAACACCGGCAGCAGCAUUUGUUGCAGCAACAAAACCUGCAUCAACAACAACAAACGCUGCAAGAACAUGCGGUGUUAACAAAUUUGUGCGCAACUGAAGUGCAAAUAAAGCAAGAGCGUGCCAAUACACCAAACGAGAUGCUCCAGUCGCCACCCCUUACGAAUGUCAGCGGCGGCGGCGACGAGAACCCUACUGACCGGCGAAGCAACGGGCCGCUCGACGAAGACACCAUAUUGCCAAUGAUAUCACCCAUGUUGAAAAUGAACCAGCAGCAACGAAAAAUGCCAAGCAAUAAUAAUAGUAGCAGCAAUCAUAGCAACAGCAACAGUAGUAGCAACCAUAGCGAUGUGGAGCAGCAGCAACAGCACCAAGUGCAGGAGCAACAGCAAUCACAGUCGCGGCGACACUCACUCUAUACCUCAAACUCCUCCGCUUGCUCAACAUCAUCGACGACAUCGAAUACACCGCCACAGCAACAAUUACUGCCUGCGCAUCUGCCUCCGUCGCAACAGUAUCAACAACAACAACAGCAUCAGAGACAUAUACAGCAUUUGACGCUGCAACCACAGGCGACACGACUUCGACAAUCGCCCCGAACGUACCCGCCUUCGCCGACAGACACACACAGCUCCGAGGAAUUUUCGGGUUCGAAUGAGAUCACUUCAUCCACUUCCCCCGCGCCCUGUAAUGAAAAUAAAUGCAUAAGUCGUGGCCAUGCGCCACACCAUAGUCUUAAUCAGGAAUCAAGCCGAGAGCAAAAAGGUCAGCCGCUCAUCGCAACAGUGAAUCAACAUGCCAAACUUCUCCCGACGCCGAUAUCUGCAACAUUGACUGCCAGCAACAACAACGAAUUGCCAAGCCGAAUUCGCAUAAGCAAAAACCUUAUCAAUCGGGCGAAUAUAAUUAGAUCGCCUACACCUCCGCCACCACUACCUCUAACAUCCACAUUAGCCCAACUGCAUCCGCAACAAGAGCAACACCACCAUCCACAGCAGCAACAACCCCAGCUGCAAGCGUUGCAACAUCACCAACAGCAGUAUGAAUAUUUCAAGCAAAAUCAGCGACUUAUUGAUCAGCAACGUCAACAGCACCAUCACCACCACCAGCAACAACCUCUCUCAUCAAUACAACAGCCAAACCUCAUUAUGCGAACCCAUCAUUCGCAGCAAACGCAGCACUCACCCACGCCCGCACAGUCUUCCACCUCAACUGGACUGAACCUUAGCACCCACUCCACAAAAGCUACGAUGUCAUCGCACACAAUGGAUGCACAAAAUCAUCAGCCGCAACCUCAACAGCCGCCAUCACACAACGGGAUUCCAUACAUCGGCUCCGAAUUUGAACUGUCGACCGACACAGACGAUGACAGCGUGAGUGGGGAGGCGGAUAGCAGCAAUAUUUUGGUACCUUGGGAUAUGGCUGUCGAAGCGUUACGAGACACAAGACCCAAAGAGCGAGAACGCGUUCUCAAUUUUCUGCGGAAACUGUUACAUGAAAAUCAGCAAAUGCGUUACAGCAAUCUGCAACUCAGCGAAAUGAUCUACAAGCGUGAUGCUAUGAUCAGAGACCUCCGAGAUCAGCUGCAAACUUGCCGAAGACACAUGCAGAUGCUCAGCUUACAUCAGGAGAUGCCGGGACCAACGAAUGGAGCGCAUCGCAACGACAGUUUUCAGGAUGAAGAAAUUCAGAAAUCAUUAUCAUCAACGGAGGGUCGAUACUUAGAGAACCAUAGCCAAGCUAAGGUUGGUGCUGAAAUCAAUGGAAAUGAUGUUCACGCAAGGAAUGUAGGUAACGCGACAGAGACCGAUGGAAAGAAAAGCUGCAAGCAGUCAACAAAUGGUCAGCUCACUGAAAGCGAUGAGGAAGGCGAUCGUAAAAGAAGCGAAGACGAUAACGAUAAAAGCAGUGAUGCAGAAAGUGAAGACGAUGUUGCCGACGAUCGACGGAGCGAUGUCGUUAUGCAAGACAGUGUCACUAGCGCUAGAGGUAGUGGAAAUCACUUAAACGAGAGUGAUGCAAUCUCACAACCUUUGGCAAAGCGGUCUAGGGUUGAAAGUGACAGUGAAAGCAGUUCCAGUUUGAAUCAAGAGCCUAAGCCUGCGAGCCACGCAGGUCAGCAGACAUCCCACAAAGUGCAGCAUAAUAAUUCUUUCGAUUCGGAAGAUGAAACGCCAUCGACACAAACCGAAAGGAAUACAGAAAUGGAUACGGGCGACGACUAUUCGAAUGCGGAAAAUAAGGAGUACCCAGAGUUAAACGAAAAUAAUGAUCUGAGCGAGGACGAAGAAGAGGCUACCCGCUUUACAGUCACAAAAGAUAGCAGCAGUGAUACAUCUGACGAAGACGGCGAUCAGAACUCGGAGCCCCUAAACCAAACACGUGUGGGCGAGACUGAUGUACAGGCACCUCACAGUAGCGCAUUGGCCACGCCACCAACCGCAACCACACCAUUGUCACCACAUUCUGCCGCAACUGCAGGACAGUUGUUCGAUAGCAGCAAUAGCAGUGACGAAUCGUCCAUGAAGAAAGCGCAAAUGUCAGCAUCCAAUGCACUCGCCAAAAUAACUGAAGCCGCCGAUGAUACCACGGAGCAGGUGGCAAAUCAAAAAGAGAAGGUGAAGUUUGACGAAGUUGAAGACAGCUGCGACGAGGAGGAGGUAGAGGACGGAGAUCAAGGCAUCGGCAGCGUGGAAGUAGAACCCAGUGAAAAUAUUGGAAAUAAAUUCAUCAUCAAUAAAGCUGAAUACUGCUCGCGCAGGGGGCGACAUAUUAUCAAAGCUAACUUACACUCGGGAAAAUCACGUGAAACCCGCAAGGCACUCGAUUGUGAAGAUAACAAACUGAAUGUUAACGUAAAAGCCAACAACACAGCUGGUGUCGAACAGCUAACCCGCGCACCACUGGCUACAAAGGCCAGUAAAAAACAAACGCCAACAACGAAUGUCGAGUUACGGAUCAAAGAGGAACUAAUUUAACCGCUUCAAAGCGUCAAAUGACACACUCGUCGUAUUCAUCGUGCCUACCAUAGAACUCCUUGAACCAGAGAGCAUGCGUAGCUGAAACGCCCAAGAGUACAGUCUAUCUCAUAUAUGUAUGCACAUGUGUAUAUAUGUGCAGUAGGGCGGGACGAUUUGUAGGGGCCCAAAAAAAUUAACAGGGCCACAUCGCGCUUAUGAUUAUUUGGGCAUUUCAAGCAUUUUUGUCCAAGAAACCAUAGGUCUAAAAUGAAUUUCGAGCCAACGAUUUUUUCUAUCUAGUUUUUUUUCAAAAAGUGGCUCAUCUGUUGAAACAACUGUAUUGAAAACUAGCCAAAUGUGUAUCAGGGGGUUUUUGGGGUCGAGGAAUCCAUUUCUGGCCUUAAUUUUUUCUUUUGGGGGCCGCCAGAGGGCGCUUCCGUAUUUUUUUUUUAAUUUCAACGCCCUUUUUCAGAAAAUCGACAAUAUUGUUGCGAAAAUCCACGAAAUUUGACUUUCUCAUAAUGCAAUUUAAAUUUUUAAAUAGCCGAAGAUGUUCAGCGUUGAAAAUUUUUUUUAUUUUUAUUUAUUUAAUUUUUUUUUUAUUUUACAUAUUAAACACUGUAUGAAAAUGAAAACGCACAGUAUGAAAACGAAAACGCAUGCUGUCACACAUGUAAUUUGUCAUACAAUAUGUCGAUAAACAGUAUUACCAACAUAAUAUUAAAAAAAAAAUACGUUAUACGUAUUAAAAAACUGAAACA